UAGCUUUGAAAAAAAAAUUUAUUUUUCCUGGAAGCAGUCUUUGUUUUCCAUAAAAGGAUGAAAACUGAAAAGCAUUAAACAUAGCCAAAAUCGGAAUUACCUAAGAAUCAACUACUUCCCUUCAAUCUCCAUGGAGCUUCAAUUUCCCUCUUUUAUGAAUUUGUUCAUCUUCUUUCUCUUCUUUUCCAUGGUAGUGAAAGGGAUGAACAGGUGGAAAACCAAAAACCGAAAGCUUCCACCAGGGCCAUGGAGACUACCUUUUAUAGGUAACAUACACCAACUGGUUGGUUCACUGCCCCACCACAUCCUCAGAGAAUUAGCCAAGAAACAUGGACCUCUGAUGCACCUCCAGCUUGGAGAAAUUUCAAGCAUUGUGGUUUCUUCCCCAGAAAUUGCUCGAGAGAUCUUGAUAACAAAUGUAGAGAAAAAUCUGCACGGUAGAACUCUUGACUACAAAAAGAGUCCAGUCAUUUCGAUCAAUCAGAGAGGAAGAGGUGUCAGCUCUUGUCAAAGCCAUAGCUUCAAACGAUGGAUCCCCAAUCAAUCUAAUGGAAUGAAGCACAAUCUUGAGAACCUACUUCAGGAGAGUGAUAGGAUCCUCACUGGCAUCCUUGAUGACCACAGAGACGGAAUAAAGGUAGAAAAAGGACAAGCAGGUGAGGACCUGGUUACUUCUCUCUUAAAGCUUCAGAAGAAUGGAGACCUUGAGUUUCCCCUCACUGAUACUGACAUCAAAGCGGUUAUCUGGGAUAUCUUCAGCGGUGGCAGUGAGACAUCAUCAACAAUUGUGGACUGGGCAAUGGCAGAAAUGCUCAAAAAUCGAAAGGUGUUGGAAAAGGCACAGAAGGAGGUAAGAAGAGUCUUUGACAAACAAGGAGAUGUGGAUGAAGCAAGCAUUCAUGAAUUAAGAUACUUAACAGCUGUAAUCAAAGAAACACUUAGGCUGCACCCUUCUUUCCCUCUAUUGUUACCAAGAGAAAGUAGGGAAAAAUGUGAAAUCAAGGGACACCAUAUACCUGAAAAGACACAAGUCAUUAAGAGAUCCUGAGUACUGGAGUGAAGCCGAGAGAUUUGUUCCCGAAAGGUUUCUUGAUAGUUCAUUGGACUUUCGGGGAACAGAUUUAGAGUUUAUCCCAUUUGGAGCAGGAAGGAGGGUAUGUCCAGGAAUAUCAUU